UAUUUUGUAUGCAUGAUAGCGCCUAAUGUUAACAGUUUCUGUAAUCAGUAUAUGUUGUUCAUAACCCGAUCAGCUGUUCGCGAUGGUGCAACUAUUUAAUGUUUUAUUAAAAUCCACAAAAUCGCCCGCGCGUGCACACUUCCGCUCCAACUUUCUGGACACAUUGCGACUCACAGUACGCGGCGGACAUGGCGGCAAUGGUUUGCCGCGCUACGGAGGAGUUGGUGGUCAAGGCGGCGCAGUCUAUUUCGUAGCCAAGGAGGGCUUAACGCUGCGCAAAAUGGCUCAGGGAUUGAAGGAGAAGCGUGUGAUCGCCUCUAGUGGCGAGGACAGCAGCAAAUUGGCUAUAUUUGGAAGACGCGGUGCCGAUCAGCGUAUCGAGGUGCCAGUGGGAGUUCAGGUCUACGAUGAACAGCAGCAACUGCUGGCUGAUUUGAAUGAAGCAGACGCCACAUGCAUUGUAGCAGGAGGUGGCACCGGCGGUUGCACUGGAAACAACUUCAUCGGUCGACCUGGUGAUCAUCGCACAGUGAAUUUGGAUCUAAAGUUGAUUGCCGAUGUGGGUUUGGUUGGAUUUCCCAAUGCUGGAAAAAGUACGCUUCUGAAAGCCAUUUCCAACGCAAAGCCAAAGAUUGCCGCGUAUCCCUUUACCACAAUUCGUCCACAGAUCGGCACAAUUGAAUACAGUGAUCAUCGGUCCAUUAGCGUUGCUGAUUUGCCUGGACUGAUUGAGGGCGCACACGCUAAUUUCGGCAUGGGUCACAAGUUCCUCAAGCACAUUGAACGCACACGAUUGCUACUCUUUAUGGUGGACAUUUUUGGUUUUCAACUGAGUCCACGGCAUCCACAUCGUGAUUGCUUAACCAACAUCUAUGCACUGAACAAAGAACUUGAGCUUUACGAUCCGUCGCUGUUGGAGAAACCUUGCGUUUUGCUGCUCAACAAAAUGGACAAAGAGGGUGCAAAAGACAUAUUGACAAGGCUAAAGCCAAACAUUAAGGAUCUACAAAGUGGUCUAGCUGAAUGUCCAGAGGAAGUGCGUCCAAACAGAGUAAUGAAAUUCUAUCAUAUUCUUCCUAUAUCUGCUAAAAACUCGGCGAGAAUCGCUCAAGUAAAAAGGCAAUUGCGUGAAACGCUUGAUGAUGUGGCAGCAGAGCAAUUUGUUGCAGACGAAUAUCAAAUCAAAGAAAAAUUGCAACAACGUGUAGGAGUGAUUGGGCCAAAAAUUUCAUAAUAAAAGUUGAAACAAUAUAUU